UUUCCUCCUUUCAAGCCACGAUCCUCAUUCUGUAGUAGCAGUGCAGAAAAAGGAAGAGAAAAACAGAACUUGAAAACAGGGUUUCUUUUUCAUUGAUCCUGAAAAAUUCACAAUCAUCGUACAGCUAUAAUAAUAUUUCACAAAUCACAAUCACAUUUUGUUCGAUAUAUUGUAGCUAAAUCAGGCAACUGGAUUAUUCAACCAACCGACAGAAGAGAAGGAUGCACAUCAGAUGAACGGAGCUCCUCUCUGAAGAGAUCUAAUAGAUGUCGGGUGGAGGUGUCGCCCCGACCACCCCCGCCGUUCCUUCCCAAACACUGGGCGGGCAUUCUCGCUGUGGUUGGGUUCUGGGCCCCUCGUUGGACAAGAUCAUCAAGAACGUUGCCUGGAGGAAACACUCCCAGCUGGUGGCUGCCUGCAAGUCCGCUCUCGACAAGCUCGAUUCUCUAGUCGAUGACCCCCUCGAUCCCGCUUCCUGCUCCCCUCUCUACGGCCUCUCACCCUCUGACGCUGAUUUCGUCUUGCAGCCCCUCAUCCUAGCCCUCGACUCUGCCUCCCCAAAGGUCGUCGAGCCCGCUCUCGACUGCACCUUCCGUUUGUUUUCUUUCGGCCUUAUCCGCUGCGAGAUCGAGAUUGGAACCUCCCCUUCCCAUAUUUUCCGCAUCAUUGAUUCCGUCUGCAAAUGUGGCUCUCUAGAUGACGAGGCUGUCGAGCUUGCCCUUCUUCGCGUCCUCCUCUCUGCCGUUCGAUCCCCCUACGUCCUUAUCAGGGGAGAUUGCCUGGUGCACAUUGUGAGGUCUUGUUAUAAUGUCUAUCUCGGUGGCUUGAAUGGCACCAAUCAGAUCUGCGCCAAGUCUGUCUUAGCUCAGAUGAUGAUCCUUGUUUUCACUAGAGUUGAGGAAAAUUCCAUGACCGUCCACUUCAAGACUGUUUCUGUAGCUGAACUCUUGGAGUUCACCGAUAGAAAUUUGAACGAGGGCAGUUCUAUUCAGUUCGCUCAAGAUUUUAUCAAUGAGAUUGUGGACGCCAAAGCUAAGGAAAUACUUCCUGAUUCCAAACUGUCAUUGUUAUUGGAGAAUGGGAACAUUCAAAGCAAAAGUGAAAUUGUUGAUGAUGAGGAAUCGAGGGAAGGGGUUGACCUGGGUAUCUACAGCAAGAUCCGAGAGGAUGGUUUUAUGCUUUUCAAGAAUUUAUGUAAAUUGUCUAUGAAGUUUUCAUCACCAGAGCACAGUGAUGAUCAAAUUUUGUUAAGAGGGAAAAUACUUUCAUUGGAGCUCCUCAAGGUUGUCAUGGAUAAUGCAGGCCCCAUCUGGCGCUCUAGUGAGAGGUUUCUAAAUGCUAUCAAGCAGUUUCUUUGCUUAUCAUUGUUGAAGAACAGCGCAUUGUCUGUUAUGACUAUUUUUCAACUUCUUUGUUCAAUUUUUGAAAAUCUAUUAUCGAAAUAUAGAUCUGGGUUAAAAUCAGAAAUUGGAAUCUUCUUUCCUAUGCUGAUCCUACGUGUGCUGGAGAAUGUUCUUCAGCCUAGUUUCUUACAGAAGAUGACUGUUCUGAGUUUAUUGGAGAAGAUUUCUCAAGAUCCUCAGAUUAUAAUUGAUAUUUUUGUCAACUAUGAUUGUGAUGUGGAUGCUCCAAACAUAUUUGAAAGAACUGUCAAUGGCCUCCUCAAAACUGCAUUGGGUCCACCUCCUGGUUCCACUACCUCUUUGUCCCCGGCUCAAGAUAUGACAUUUCGGCUUGAAUCAGUGAAGUGCUUAGUCAGAAUAACAAACUCCAUGGGUGCAUGGAUGGAUCAACAACUGAAGGUAGGGGAAUCCAAUCCAGUAAAGUUCUCUGAUAGUGAAAGUAAGAUGGAAAAUAUUACUCCACAUAGUGAAGAGGGAAACCUGGCUGACUUUGAGCUGCAUUUAGAGGCGAGUUCUGAGUUCUCUAAUGCUGUUACCUUGGAGCAGAGGCGAGCUUAUAAACUGGAAAUACAGAAAGGUGUAUCUCUGUUCAACAGAAAACCUUCAAAAGGGAUUGACUUCUUAAUGAAUACCAAAAAGAUUGGUAAUUCCCCUGAAGAAGUAGCUUCAUUCCUGAAGAACACUUCUGGACUAAAUGCUACUAUGAUUGGUGACUAUUUGGGUGAGAGGGAAGAGUUCCCUUUGAAGGUUAUGCAUGCAUAUGUUGAUUCAUUUAAUUUUGAGCAAAUGGAUUUUGGUGAAGCAAUCAGAUAUUUUCUACGAGGUUUUAGACUACCUGGUGAAGCUCAGAAAAUCGACCGUAUAAUGGAAAAAUUUGCUGAGCGCUACUGUAAAUGCAAUCCAACUUCUUUUACAAGUGCAGAGACAGCUUAUGUCCUUGCUUACUCUGUGAUUAUGCUCAACACUGAUGCACACAAUAACAUGGUGAAGGAUAAGAUGACUAAAGCUGAUUUCGUCAGGAAUAAUCGCGGAAUUGACAAUGGCAAAGACUUACCUGAAGAUUACUUGGGUUCCCUGUACGACCAAAUUGUGAAAAAUGAAAUAAAGAUGAAUGCAGAUUCUUCUGCACAACAAAGCAAACAGGGGAACAGCCUGAAUAAGCUUUUGGGCUUGGAAGGUAUACUAAAUCUAGUGUGGAAGCAGACGGAAGAAAAGCCAUUGGGCACAAAUGGAGAUCUUAUAAGGCAUAUACAAGAGCAGUUCAAAGCUAAAUCCGCAAAAUCAGAGUCAAUUUUUUAUACUGUUGCCAAUCCAGCAAUAUUGAGGUUCAUGGUUGAAGUUUGCUGGGGCCCAAUGCUUGCUGCAUUUAGUGUAACGCUGGACCAGAGUGAUGACAAGACUGCUACUGCUCUGUGCUUGCAGGGCUUCCGACAUGCGGUCCAUGUUACAGCAAUGAUGGGUAUGCAGACACAGAGAGAUGCUUUUGUCACCACCGUUGCUAAAUUCACUUAUCUCCAUUGUGCUGCAGAUAUGAAACAAAAGAAUGUUGAUGCUGUGAAAGCAAUAAUAUCCAUUGCCAUUGAGGAUGGUAAUUUUCUUCAAGAAGCUUGGGAGCAUAUUUUAACAUGUCUAUCCAGAUUUGAGCAUUUGCAACUGUUGGGGGAGGGGGCACCAUCUGAUGCAUCCUUUCUUACAACCGCAACUGCUGAAACUGAAGAAAAAGCUUUGAAGUCAGCGAGCUUUACUUCUCUGAAGAGAAAAGGAACACUUCAAAAUGCAGCUGUUGCUGCAGUUGUCCGGGGGGGCUCAUAUGAUAGCACCAGGCAUGGAGUUAACUCUCCAGUGCUGGUGUCUCCAGAGCAAAUAAACAACUUCAUUUCCAACUUGAAUCUGCUUGAUCAGAUUGGGAAUUUUGAGCUUAACCACAUCUUUGCUCAUAGCCAAAGGUUAAACAGUGAGGCAAUAGUGGCUUUCGUGAGAGCUCUUUGCAAAGUGUCCAUGUCAGAAUUACAAUCUCCAACAGAUCCUCGUGUAUUUAGCCUUACAAAAAUUGUUGAAGUUGCGCACUAUAAUAUGAAUCGUAUUAGAUUAGUAUGGUCUCGCAUAUGGAGUGUUCUUUCCAAUUUCUUUGUGGCUGUUGGUCUGUCAGAAAAUCUUUCCGUUGCAAUUUUUGUCAUGGAUUCACUUCGGCAACUUGCUAUGAAAUUCCUUGAGCGAGAAGAGCUGGCAAACUAUAAUUUCCAAAAUGAAUUUGUGCGACCCUUUGUGAUUAUUAUGCAGAAAAGCAGCUCUGCUGAAAUCAGGGAGUUAAUUGUUCGGUGCAUCUCUCAAAUGGUCCUUAGCCGUGUCAACCAUGUAAAAUCUGGAUGGAAGAGUGUUUUUAUGGUUUUUACGGCUGCUGCUACUGAUGAAAGGAAGAACAUAGUGCUACUGGCUUUUGAAACCAUGGAAAAGAUUGUACGAGAAUAUUUUCCUUACAUAACUGAGACAGAAACUGUAACUUUCACUGAUUGUGUUAGAUGCCUCAUUGCAUUCACAAACAGUAGAUUUAACAGUGAUGUUAGCCUCAACGCAAUUGCUUUUCUCCGUUUCUGUGCUGUCAAACUUGCAGAUGGAGGACUUGUUUGCAAUGAGAAAACCAAAGACAACAAUUUUUCGAUUCCAGCAGCAAAUGACAAUGCUUCAGAUGUAAAAUGCUUCACAGAUGAAGAUGAUCACAUGUCUUUCUGGCAUCCUUUGCUCACAGGAUUAUCAGGUCUGACAUCAGAUCCUCGGUCAGCUAUUCGGAAGAGUGCUCUGGAGGUUCUCUUUAAUAUUUUAAAGGACCAUGGCCAUCUCUUCUCUCAAUUGUUCUGGGUUAAUGUUUUCAAUUCUGUUAUCUUCCCAAUAUUUAGUUCUGCACGUGAUAAAACUGAAUCAGAAUUAAAGGAUUACCAGUCUUCCCCAAGAUCUGGAUCUUCACAACCUGAUGGACGGUUGUGGGACUCUGAAACUUCUACAGUGGCAGCUCAAUGCCUAGCUGAUCUAUUUAUUAGUUUCUUUGAUGUGGGUAGGUCUCAGCUGCCUGGUGUAGUAUCAAUAUUAGUAGGAUUUAUAAGAAGUCCUGGCCAGGGUCCUGCAAGUACUGGUGUAUCUUCACUAAUACAUUUGGCUGGUGAAUUGAGAGGCAGACUUUCAGAAGAGGAGUGGCAAGAGAUCUUUCUUGCUUUGCAAGAUGCUGCUGCUUCUAGUGUUCCCAAUUUCUUAAAGCUUUUGCAAACAAUGGAUAACAUUGAAAUGCCUGAUAUUAGUGAGUCCAAUAAUGAUAUGGAAACAUCAUCUGAAGUUGGCUCGGUGAAUGAUUACUCUGAGGGCGAGAACCUGCAAACUGCUGGGUAUGUAGUUUCAAGGAUGAAAGGUCAUAUAGCUGCACAGCUACUCAUUGUACAGGUAGCCAGUGAUCUCUCUAAGAUGCGCCGUCAGUCAAUAAGUGCUGAGACUGUCACUAUCCUUCUUGAGAUUUAUUCAUCUAUUUCUUCUCAUGCUCACCAGUUAAAUUCUGAUGGAGUCCUAGAACUGAAGCUGCAGAGAGCAUGCUCAAUACUAGAGAUCCCAGAACCACCAUUAUUGCACUUUGAAAACGAGUCCUAUCAGAAUUACCUCAAUUUCAUGCAUGAUUUGCUUGUUAAUAAUAGAAGAUUGGGCAAAGAAAAGAAUUUAGAACCUGAACUCGUGUCUGUAUGUGAGAAAAUUCUGCGAAUAUACUUGGAUUGUGCUGGGUUGAGCUCUGUACAGCAGCAAGCAGUCAACAAGCCAAAGCUUCACUGGAUUCCCCCAUUGGGUUCAGCCAAGAAGGAAGAAUUGGCAGCUAGGACUCCUUUAGUUCUUUCUGUAUUACAUAUUUUGAGUAGUUUGGAAGGCAAUACUUUUAAAAAGUAUGCUUCACAGUUGUUCCCGUUGUUGGUAGAUCUAGUCCGGAGUGAGCAUAGCUCUGGAGAAGUUCAGGAAGUUCUUAGUGGCGUGUUUCAGUCAUGCAUAGGCCCAAUAAUAAUGAAUAUAUGAUAAAUGUUCAUUGUCCAUGGAAGCAUUUGAAAUUUCAAUGUAAAUUAGUAGCCUGAGAGCCAGCUACUAGACUGAAAUUUUGUCAAUUGAUAUUGAGGCCAUAUUCUUGCUCAUUAUUGCUCUGGCUUUAGUGGGUGUCAAUUGUACUCGUACCAAAUGUGUUACCUGUCUUUUGAAAGUAUUUUUUCAGCAU